AUGAAUGUUCUGGCAUGCUUUGCCAAGCUUAAAUUGCCUCGCGGGUAUCAAGGCCAGCUGGGAAUGUUUUUUCAGAUUUUUAGUAUUGAUCAAUUGACACCAAACGGAAGUAAUUCUGUGCUUUUCGGAAACUUGGCUCGAAGUGAUGGUUUCUCAAUAGAUUUUAUAUUUUACAAGAAACGUCAAACUGGUCAUGAUCUUUCCCUUCAAACUUUUGAUUUAACACUCUCUGAUUUCAACAUUUAUGAAAUGAAAGACACAUUUGCGCCUAUCCCUAUUGAUCCUGGGCAAAAAUCUGUGUUCACUGUAACCAUUGGGUUAAAAUCUGACAAGCAAAUAAGAAGGUGUACCAUAAAAGAAUACUACCGUAUGACUGGUUCCGCAAGAUAUACAAAGCAAUUGAAUGACAAGAAAGCACUCUCUGGCAUCAUUUUAAUUGAAAGCAAUAUCCCUUCACCAAAGGCUUCUCGAUUUACCACAUACCAAAAUCAUGUAGAAUAUAUGUUUGAGAAUCUUGAUGCUUUGCUCAGAUUUUACAGUAUAGGUGGUGCCAGAGAUCGCUUUUCUAUAUACCAAGGUGUACAGAGGGCUCCUCAACAAAUGGCAAAUAUGCUGACACAUGGUACCGCCAAAUAUAAUCGCUCAAAAAGAGAUAAAAAGAAAAAGAAGGCAAAAAAAAGGAUAAAAGAAGGAUAAAGCGA